AUGUUAUUAGAUUUUUAUAAGAAUGUUUUUAGUCUUUUUAAAAAUGUCUUUUUUCACCCUCCAGUUAAUAACCUAAAUCAUAAAACUUUUCUAGAUUCCAAUAAAUCUGUUACAGCCUAUUUUAUUAACUCUCGUUCAAUUUGUAAUAAACGUGAUGAGCUAUCUACUCUGCUUUUGAACUCUUCUCUUGAUAUUUUACUUAUAGCCGAAACCUGGCUUCGAGACGCUGAACAAAUUUCUUUUGACCCAGUAAUAAAUUCCAGGUUUACUUCCUUUACUUGUAAUAGAAAAAAUAGAAUAGGUGGGGGCACUGCUAUGUUAAUCUGUAAUGAGUUAAAACCUAGGCUUGUUUUUUCUGAUUCUAUUGGUGGUUGUGAAAUAUUAAUAGUUAAAAUCUUCUCCUUUAAUAUCUUCUGUAUCUAUCGCCCACCUAAUAUUGGAAUAUCUCAUACUAAGCUGCUCUUCAAAACUUUAACUAGUAAAACAGAUAAAAAUUCCAUUAUUUGUGGUGAUUUUAAUUUUUCCAAUAAGGACGUUCUAUGGACAAAUUCUAUCCCUUUACCUAAAUCCGCAACAGGGGAACUUUUUGUCUCAUUUUUCAAUAAAAACUGUCUUAAAUUACACACUACUUCACCCACUCGCGGUCAUUCAUGGCUUGAUCUUGUAAUGUCUAAUUGUAAAGACAGUAUUACUAAUUGCCAAACUUCUGAUUCCAUUCUCUCGUCUGACCAUGCUGCUAUUUGCUUCGAUCUUUGUAUUAAUAAACCUAAGACUAAACAACCUAUGAUCUUUUGUAGAACAUAUGACAAACCAAAUACAAAGCUAUUAAAUAUCUAUUUAGGACAAAUAUAA